UCCACGUCACGCCGGAAGUGCAAGCCAAGAUUCACGCUGUGUACGACGAGGCCCUCGCGCAGAUGCGCACUCUUCUCGAUGAAACAUACGACAGAACGGUAGCCGAGAUGACGCACCGUCUCGACGGGUUCGAAAAGGAAUUAACGGCCCAAGCCGCUGCAUCCCACGCAUCCCUCGUGGACGACCUCGAGCUGCGUUAUGCGACAGUGAAGCUCGACCUCGAGCACGUCAUCGAAGAGAUGCAUAAAGAGCAUGAGCACCAGCGAUCGCACGUCGUCUACCUGGAGACACGUUUGAAAGCGCUCGAGGCGACCCCCGACCGAGGGGAUGUCGCAUUGUGCAACCAGCUGCGAGAGCGUGUGGCAAAGCUCGAGGCAGCACUCGAGGACGCCGCCGCUCGAUGCGUGACCAUCGAGAACGAGCACGCCACGGCGAAACGCCGCAUUGGCCACCUCGAGUCGGAAGCGACGCUGCGCGAAGCCAAGUGGGCCAUGACGCAAGGCAUGCAUGCGAGGGAAACGUCCCAGCUCUGCGACAUCAUUCGCAUGAACGAAGCGCAGUUUAUGCAUGUCGCCACCGCCCACAAAUCGUUGCCUGUCAAGACGGCCGCAUCGUCGCCGACUCGCGUGCAGCGGUAUGAUCCGCACUCGGGCCGUGCUCUCGUGCAUGUGACCCACCUGUCAACGGACUUGGUGGCGGCGGCGCCUGGCGUUCAGUACAUCUCGUCAAGUCCCACUCGGCCACCAGCACGGCCUCCGUCGCCUCAACCCCGCCAUCCCCGGCCGAACACAACGCCAUCGGGCAAUCCUCUUCCUCUCUUGCCCACGGCGACAGUUGAACGGCCCUAUGUUUAAAUACGAGUCGCUGGGUCGGGCGGUAUUCGUCGGGGCUGGUGGUCGGUCUGCG